GGAACAAUAGGAAAAGGUAGUGGUGGCAAUUGCAGAAAAAGGUAGUGGGAGAGUUGAGCGCAUUUAGCUUCGACACUGCUCUCUCGGAGUCCAUAUCUACUCUCUCCACGUGGAACAAUUUUUUUCUCUUUUCCUAUUAGGAUGGCCAAAUAUAAUAUUGCAUUGUGUAUUUUUUUGCUGUCUUUACUGUACAUCACACAUGGACAACUCGAAAAUGAAAAAUCUAAAAAACGAAAGUCCAAUGAAUUUGAUGUCCUGAUAUUUACUCAACGAUGGCCGUUGACGGCUUGCUUUUUAUGGAAAGAAAGUUCCGAGAAACACAGUUGUUCGUUGCCUAAACAAGAGGAAUGGACUAUUCAUGGUAUUUGGCCAACGAGAUAUCAUACGAAAGGACCACAGUUUUGUAACACAUCGCUGCCGUUUAAUCCAAGCGUUCUAACACCUUUGAAAAAUCAAUUAGAAGAAAACUGGAUAGAUGUUCAAAAUGGAUCUGACCCCUAUUCAUUUUGGAAGCACGAAUGGAAUAAACACGGCACUUGUGCAGUUGCAAUAAAAGCUUUGAACAAUGAAUAUAACUAUUUUCAAGAAGGAUUAAAACUUCUCAAUAUCUAUAAUAUGAUGGACGUACUUGCAAAAGCAAAUAUUGUACCAGGGCAAAAGUAUAUGGUAGAAAAUAUGUUGAUAGGAAUUGAAAAGGUGUUGAACAAGAGAGGCCAAAUAAUGUGCGCGAAGGAUAAGAAAACGGGUGAAUCAUAUGUGAACGAGAUAAGAAUCUGUUUCAACAAAACAUUGCAAUUGGUAGACUGUGAUGACAUUUAUGAGUUCCCUACAAAUUGUGAUAGAUUCAAACAGAUAACAUAUCCUAGUUCCGUACCGCACGAUCGUCGUGUAGAACAGAUAUAACGAUAAUAAUAAUAAUAUUAAAAUCAUUGUGUGUGUGUGUGUGUGUGUGCACAAACUAGAUAAAAAAUUAUUAAAUAAUAUUACAUAUAUCAUACAUAUAUGAUAUAUGCACUCAAAAUAAUUUGUCAUAGGGCAUCACUGACUACAUCAUUCCACCUUCUUUUGGACGAUUACGACUGCUGAAGGUACCAGACCUGCAAGUUAAAUAAAAAUAUGUUAUUUUCAAUAAAAUAAAAAAAAGAAUUCAUAUUCGCAUUUGCAGUAAUGUCAUCAUUACAACUGACAGAAUAUUGCAUAAUAUAUUGCAUAAUAUAAUGAAAAAUAUAAAUGAAUAAAAAUGCACUAAUUGUAUCAAUAAAUAAUAUAUUUUAUGAGUAUUAUGUAUAUAUAUGUUAGUAAUCAAUUUUCAAUUGUCCAAUUAUUAGCAAACGCGCGCGCGCGUGCUUCCUACUAUAUGUAUAUGCUAUACUACAAUAAAUUAUCAAUACAACAUACCUAACACA